GCAUCUCAUCUACGCAGCUUUACUUUCAUUUUGCGGACCUAUACAGCUUGUCUGCUGGUCACGCUGCUGUUUGCCCAUCAUGUCAAAUGCGGAGGAGCUUUUGAGGGAUUUCGAGGAGGACGACGAGGAUCUCCAGGCUGGCGAUGGCCUCGAAGAGGAAGCUGUCGAUGAGGAGCAGCUGGCACAAGCUCCUGAGGUCACUAACGAGUUUGACGUCGCCUUGUCGACCGCCGACGAACUGACCCGUCUACACAAAGUGCUGCGCGAUCACUACUCUAUCCGGUUUCCUGAGCUCGAGACGCUCGUGACUACUCCGAUCGACUAUGCGAAAACUGUCGCUAUCCUAAAAAAUGGCCCGCUCAACGAUAUUAAAGCUCUGUCAACCUCGUCAGAUAACAUGGUUGGCGUGCCACUGAGGUCGAUUUUGGAUGGGCCAUCCCUGAUGGUUGUGGCCGUGGAGGGUACCACCACUCGAGGCCGGGAGAUGACCGAGGCCGAACUCAAGACCGUGAUGGAUACAUGCGAACGGAUUCUCAAGCUCGAUCGCGAACGGACGGCGCUUACAGAGAGCAUUCAGUCCCGGAUGAGCCAGAUCGCUCCCAACUUGGCGGCCUUGAUCGGACCGGAGACAGCGGCUCAGUUCUUGAACCAGACCGGAGGUCUGCUCGAGCUAGCGAAGAUUCCUGCGUGCAACCUAGCUGCACAGGGCUCGAAGCGAUCGGAAGGACUGGGAUUCGCUACAAAUAUUGGUAUUCGGUCUCAGGGGUUCCUCUACAACUCGCCAAUUAUACAAGGUGUCCCGAACGAUCUCAAGCGGCAGGCCAUUCGCAUCGUCUCCGCCAAGAUGGUCCUUGCUACGCGAGCAGAUGUAUCCAAAUACAGUCCUGACGGAUCUCUGGGUGAAGAACUGAAGCAGCAGUGUUUUCAGCGUCUGGAGAAACUUACGGAACCCGCGCCGAACUCGGGCGUGAAGGCGCUCCCCGCUCCGGACGACAAGCCGUCCCGUAAGCGAGGUGGACGACGAGCGAGAAAGGCCAAGGAAGCUGUCGCCAUGACGGAACUUCGUAAGGCCCAGAACCGGGUUGCCUUUGGUAGGGAGGAAGCAGAAGUUGGAUAUGGCACCGGAGAGGGAACGGUCGGACUGGGCAUGCUUGGCCAACAAAACGAUGGACGGAUCCGCGCGACUCAGAUCGACCAGAGAACCCGGGCGAAGCUUAGUAAGAACAACAAGGGAUGGGGUACCGCAACUCCCGUCAGUGGUACCUCUACAUCUCUCCGUGCAUUCGGCUCCAAUGCUAGUGGGACAGCCAGUGUGCUUCAGGCGAAGGGGCUGCGAACCUCUGGAGUUGGCACCUCGCUGGGAGGAUCAGCCGGUACUGCCAGUACCAUUGCCUUCACGCCCGUGCAAGGGUUGGAGCUGGUGGACCCUAAGGUGCAAGCGGAAUUGAGUCGGAAACGCAAGGCCGAGGAGGAUCGGUGGUUCAAGUCUGGCACAUUCACGCAGGUUGGUGGCCAGAGCAGCACGGCGCCCCAAGGGGGGAAUGGAGGCUUCAAGGUUCCGGCAUUGCCUCCGAAGAAGAAGGUCGAUACCGGCGAGGGCAGAAUGGCACCGCCACCGCCGCCGGUGAAGCAGUAAAGGGAGAUCUGGUGUUUUCAAGGUUACGAGCAUUCAUAAGGCGUUAUAACGUGGGAUUUGCAUGAUACCAUCAAGAACUGUAUGAUAGGAUUAAAUAAAAAUACCAGUGCUUAAUUAUGGUUUA